CCCAUGCAAUGCCAACCCAUUUCGGAGUUAAAAACUUCAAAUAGAUAUGUUAUGACACUUUAGAUCUUUCAAUCCGGGUAGGUCCAAGAUUAAGUUCGUGCUGCAUAUAAUUUUUACCACAACAAACUCCCUUUGCCUCUAACGAAUCAGGUAAUUGAAUCACCGGUAAAACUGGUGAGCGAGGUAUGAAUCAUCCCCGAAUUCGAUCUCUGAAAGCCCAGUGCUUUGCGUUAGCCUUGUUACUGUUCUUGCUCUUUCUUCCUCCUAGAGCUGGCAAAUUAGUCGGCCGGGUCGGGUUCGGGUUUGAUCAUCUUCGGAUGGUUACUUCGGGGUUCAGAGUUGGAGAGGUUACUCUAUCAGAGUCGCCACGGCUACAGGCACCCCGCACGCAGCAUCCCGACAAGGCUCCGCCGUAUGCGGUUAGCCUCCCGCCAAAUCCCGGGCCAUAGCCGCCUACGCCGUUAACUCGCGGCCUUCAGUGCCUUAGUUUUUAAAAAAACUUUCUAUAUAAAUUUCUUUUUUCCGUUUUUUUAAAUAUUAUUCUUAUCUUAUAAAAAAUAAGUACUCUCUCCGUCCCCCAGUUUUUGUCCACUUUCAUUUUUACACACCAUCCAAUGCACUUCUUUAAUCCAUUUUAUCUUGUAAUUUGUAUAUUAAAAAAUUAUAGAAAUUAUAUAUUAAUAAUCUAUAUGUUAAGACAAAUCAAACAAGAUCACACAUGACUAUAUUUAGGCUUACACAUUGAGAGAAUUUGAU